UCUGACGUCUGCAAGAGGGAUGUUGUGGCUGCUUCAAGUUAUAAUGUCCAAGUCCGCUUACGAACUGCUCUAAUUCGAUUUGAUGAGGUAUUUCGUCACUGAUAAGACAAAUUACGAGAUAACGCACGAUCUUAUCGCUGGUGAGAAGCCCAAAACUUGUGAGCUUCUCCGCAUUGCGACGUCCUUUUUCAAGUGGCAUAUUACGUAAACGUGCCAGAUGUGCAUGACUUUUGAAAGUCGGCGUCCGUAUUUUGAAAAACCUUGGCAAGGACUCGUGAACACUGCUCAUCGUCUAAGAAAGCUAGCAUAUGUAGAUGGAUGCUCUGCUGCCGAUUCUGCAUGAGAUAAGAUGCGAUGUGCACAUCUCGCAAAAUUCCGACGACGUCUCGGAAACCACGCCCUGCGAUAUCUGUCAAACUUCCGAAAUCGGAAACCAAAUCGCGGAAUUGGCGAAGCCACCAGGCAGCCGUUUGGACAGCACCGGCCAUGGUUGCGCUGGCCUCGGAACUAUUCCGACACAGCCUGCUACUAUAUAAACGAGUUCCAGCCUUCAACGUAUCCACACGAGUAGAAUGUCUGAGCUCCCAAAAACCGUUCCUGCAACAUGGUACACCAGCGACAAGUUUAUUGAAGCUGCGAAGCACAAAAUAUACAACAAAGGCUGGCACUUUGUGUCUAUUGUUAACGCGUUCUCCAUGCACCCUGAGCUGAAUGACGGGCAAACAGAGGCCUUGCAACUGGAUUUUGUGGGCAACCCUUUUUUCGGGCUGUGUAACGUCGACGACCCGUACGCGGUCAAGAGUCUCAACCUGCGGUAUGGGGUGUACAAGGAUAUCGUGGACGGAUGUACUAGCGACGAGGAGAAAGCUGCACGGAUUGAGAAGCUGGAGCCAGUCAAUCACGUGGUCACCAAGGGCGGGCUAGUGUUCGUCACCCACGAGAAAACUCCCUCGCAGAGUCUGGAGGAGUAUUUUGGGAACGAGCUUGGCCAGUUUAUUGAUGACAAGGAUUUCCGAAGCCGCACCCUGCGCCGCAGACUCGUCUACGAGUGCGACUAUAAUUUCCUCACCUUCAUUGACGGUUAUCAGGAGUGUUUGCACUGCCAGUACACACACCCUGGAUUCAGCAAGGUGUAUCCGUUCGAGUUCUACAAGGUUGACACUCACACCAACUUCUGCCGCCACCACUGCAAUCCUGUAGGCGACCAGAAGGAUGCAGGACUAUUUCUCUAUUUUUUCCCAUCGUGCACUUUGAACCAAUACGGGGGAGGUAUGGGAAUUUUCCGCGCCAAUCCAGUCAACGGUAACAAGACCCGCAUGGAGUUUGAAUAUUUCUUUGACGGCACCGAUGAGGAGUUCGAGACCUACUUCAAGUUUGCCAGACAGGUGGCACUCGAGGAUAUUUGGCUGUGUGAGGCAGCCCAACAGAACCUCAUAAGUGGGGUGUACCAACAGGGCUUGCUACACCCCAAAAAAGAGGUGGGAGUGGUUUACUACCAGUCGCUGGUUCGUGAAAGAAUCAUGGCUUAGGUCUGAGAUGUGGAUAGGAUCGUCAGACUGUGCGGCAAUUAAAUAGGACUCGGGUGUACUUCACUAGAGUGAAUAAAAGGAACUCCAAUUCGAC